AUGGAGACAAGAUACUACCAAGCACCAGGUAGUGAUCCUGUAAACGAAGUGUUGGCAGGUGGGAAUGUAGUUGCUUUGGUGAAAGUUGCUGAGCAGUUUGAAGCAUUGAUAUUACAAAUGUCAGACGCCAUCACAAGCGAGUGUCAGAGAUUAAACGCUUGGGCUCUCCUGGGGGAUGGAACAGGUGCCCAGCUAGUGAACAAGAGCACAUCAAAAGCUCUCUCUAAGGAGGAACUCAUUGGAGCUGAUGGAACAAUCCGAGCCUGUGACCUCCUCCAGGUGGAUCAGCUGACAGGGCUGGUCACUCCGCAUCCGGAUGCUGUUAUGCUUCUGGCCAACAAAUACAUCAUGCCUGUACCUGAAGGCCAUUUCCUGCACCCUCAGACUGGAAAGGUGCUGCCUAUUGCUGGCAACGUGUGUUACGAUUCCACAAGAUCUCAGCUUAUCCCGUUCACGGACUCAACAGGAGUGGCCUGUCAACGUGUGGAACAUUUGAUUCCAUAUGUGCCUCACCCACUGAAUCCAAACACUGGCCUCCCAGUGAAGAUUCAGCUAAGGAGCCUGCAUCAGCAGUGCAAGCUGAGGCUGGGAGGACCAAUUGGAGAUGCAGCGACAGGCAUUGAGGUGCCCAUCUUGGCUGUGACCAUUCAUCUGAGGACAGGGCUGGCCUAUCCAUUGGGGGGAACGUACAUUAGCCCAGCCACAAACAUGUUGGCACCGAUUGAAAUUGGAGCACCUAUCAUCCAUGAGAAGACUGGCCAGGUGGUAUCCAUCAUUGGAGUUGGUCUGGAUUCCAACACAGGUCUGGUGGUGCCUCUCGGAGGAGUUGCAGAAUCUUCAAACACUCCCCUGAUAGUUGGGGACAGUUUCUUGGAGCCUCUCAGUGGAAAGUGUACUCGGAUUUCAGGUGCUUACAUACAAGGGAAUCGGGUGUUGCCAUGUGCUGGCGGUUACCAGGCACUGCUAGAUGCUAUCACUCUAUCCUGUGAGAUCCAAGUGCUGGAAGCGUUGAAGGAAGAACUGGCAAUGACGACGUCAGAGACACCUUCCUGUCCUCAGAAGCAGCUGAGCUUGCUAAUGGGCGCAGUAGAUGACUUGGUGAAGGCACGGGCCAGAAGCUGGGCACACAUCAUUCACACUGGGUACAACCUGCAGAGACAGAGGAAAGAAGCCAAGGAUUUAGCAGACAAUGGUGGAAGUGUGGGGAUGAUCUCAUUUGCUAGCACUGGCCUGCCGAUCCCGGCUGUCAUUGGGAUGCAGAUACCUGAUCCUGGAGGUUCUGACCUGGAAGUGCCUAUUUUAGGGGUGGAAAUCGACAGGGCAACUGGUCAACUCAUCCCUCUUGCUGGAACUAUGGAGGAUCCAGAUGGAAGAGGUCUGAUACCAAUCACUCUUGGUGCCAGAAGCAUAGACGAGCUCACGGGUGAAAUUGGUCCAGUUGUUGGCGCUCGUAUCGAUCAACAAACUAGAAUUGUGGUACCCAUCACACAGUCAUCCCGAAUCUCCGUAAGACGAAAACCAGUUCUAGAAAUGCUCGAUGUCCUUGAAGAGGAACUCCGUUAUAGGCAAGAUAAUUGGCAAUAUCAGCGACAGAAAGAGGAAGAUCUGUAUGUCGCUUUGAAGGGUUUGCUGCAGGAGGUAUCUGACACCAAAGCUGAUUGCAAAUUCAUGAAGGUUGAGAAGAACAUGGUGGCCUUUGAUGAUAUCAUUGACUCGUUGCGAGACUGUGCACAAAGUGAAGCCCAACGCAGAUGCACACAGGAGUCGCAGCUUGCAUCCUUGAUGCCGGUAGACAUUUUGUUUCUGAUUUCUCAAGUGGAUAAGGAAGAGGUGGAGCAGCAGCUUCUGUAUUUAGCCAUGUCUCACACCUUCAUCGAGAAGGUCAAACAGUUUACUCAAAAGAUGCGUCAAGAAGAGGUUCAUCUAAGGGGUCAACUGCAGGAAUAUAUUGACCAGCAAGAAACUUUCAGACUGAGGCACCAACAGGUGAAAAUGCUUCUCACUCAAGACUUUCACAAAAGCAUGAUGAGCAGGUGGACCGGCCUUGAGAUUGCCUGCAUCAGGCUGGAACACCUCCGAGACUUGGCUGAGCUGUGUGCUUUGGGAGCCAAGGAUAUUCUUUCUGGGAAGCUCUACUGUUUUGGAGACUACCAGCUGAUUGUACAUGGAGCCAAGGGAGAAUUGUAUGAGGCUCCAUAUUUGACCACUCAAAAGAUGCUUCCUCUUCUCAAACAGUUAAUAGGCCUGUUAGAGACUAACAAGAACAUCAUUCUAUCUCCAGACACUUUGAAUCUUGUAGCAUAUCAUGAGAAAGACAAGGGCAAGCUGUUAUCCCAAUCUCCACUCAUUAAGCUCCUCAAGGAAAUCAAUGAGCAACUGAAAACAAAUCCAAAAACAGAAGAGCUUUGGCAAGAGAAUGGCCAUCCGCGGAACACAACACAAACAGAGGCCAAAUACCAAGGUACAUUGACUUAA